AUGGCGUGGCGAGUCCAAAAUCAUGCCAUGGAUCUCUGCAUUCCCAGAGGAGAAAAUACUUUACUCUUGAAUAUUGAUGCUACCAAAGGAAACACGAUGUGCACCCAAAUACCCAGAAAAUUUUCCAGAGAUGAAGUUGUCAAAAUUCUUCCUGAUUCCUGGAUCACAAAUUAUGAAAAGUUAAGGGAACCAGAGGAAUCUCUGCAAUCAGGUGAACCAACUUUUACCAAAAGAAAUGAUAAAAUUGUUUCCAUAAGCUUUGACCAUUCCCAUCUCAAAAAACCCAAUAAAGCCAUCUUCUCUUGCCAAAUGAUUCAACCCAAAGAUAUAACAGAUACAUCCCCUGAACCUGACGGAGGGUUUUUCUGGAAUAUACAGUGCAUCAUGGAAGAACAUGACUGGUGUCAACAUUUUGACAAAGAAGGAAAAAGAAUUUGGUGGUUCAAAUGCCCCUUUACGGGACACUGCCCUUGGGAUCUUAGUUGCGACUGCCAAGACUGUUUGGAAGACUCAAUUGGGGAAUAUGAUGAACACCAUCUGCGUCAUUGGAAAAGAUUCGGCCUUAACAAGACCAAACCAACAUCCAAGAAAAAAGGGAAAACCACUAAAAAGCAAUUUCGAGCCAAAUAUGAAAAUAAAGACCCUUCAAUUGGCUCAUUAAGCGGUCUAGCCUCACAAAAUCUUAUUUAUUUCACCCAACGUUUAAAAGAAGAACAUGAUUUUGAUAUUGAAAAAAUGGUUUGGGAAAGGAAAGAUGCUCUUGUGGUGCAAAAACAAACCAAGAAAAGGCGAGAUCAUGGUAAAAGUUCAAAAGGGUCCAACCCCAAAAAUCUGAUGAUUUCUGACCAGAAGGCUCCAGACCUCUAUGUCUCCCAGCCAAGAAACAUAUCAGAAGAAGAACCCCCUGGUCGGAAUCUCUAA